AUGGACGUUGCCCUGGAUUUUGCUGAUCAGCUUCCCUCCUACUAUCGAUUCUGUCCCACGGAUUCGGAGCUCAUCCUAGACUGCCUGAACGCCAAACUCGAAUCAAGAGAGCCCCCCAAGUGCCGGUUACACGAGGUCAAUAUUUACAACCACACGCCGGAACAACUCGCAGAACAAUAUCGGUCUCACGAGAACAAAUGGUAUUUUCUGACUUCUGGGGAUCGAAAGUACCCUAAAGGGAAUCGACCUGAUAGAGCAUUAUCAGUACCCGGAAAACAUGGGUGCUGGAAGACUAGUGAAAAACUUAUGCCGGUGUAUGAUGCCACGUCUGGACAAAUGGUUGGCCACAAAGGAACUCUUACGUAUUAUGAGAACGGCAGAAGAACUAUGUGGGUAAUGCAUGAAUAUACAAUAAACGGACCCAAUCUUCCUUUUGAAAACGGAGAAGAGUUAAGCGAAUGGGUGUUGUGCAAGAUUUACAAGAGGGAGAUGGAAGAACCCAAGAUACCUUUGCGCAAGAGACGACGAGUAUCAGAAAACGAUUCUGAUAGUGCUUCAAGUUCUGUUUCAGUUGAACCACCUGCCUCCUCCGCACAACCACUUGCUAAUGGUGCCUACACAACGGCUACUACUGAGCAUGGAUUAAUUUCCAUACAGCCAAUGCAAAUCAGAGAGUUAUGUUAUCACACAAAUAUGCUUUCAUUGAGUACUCCAUCCGACGGUUUUCUGUUUUCAAAUGGUGCUUUGAAUUCUUCUUCUAUGAAACCACUAAUUGAUUACAUUGACUAUCCACCGGUCUUGGUUCAAAAUUCUUGUGAAUAUGCGCCAACCCAACUCGACGUGCAAAAUAUUUGCGAUCAAAAUGAUGCUGCUGACGAUUUUCAUGUUCACGAUGAUAGUAACGAGACAACUAUAUCAGCUCCUGUUGAAGUUGAAUGGAGCUUCAAAAGUCCUGACAAUUAUUCAGAUCAAUCCAUGGUGGUGCCUCAAGAUGAUGCUACCGGACAUCCUAAAACCCAACUCAAUGUGCAAACUUGUUCGAAUCAUCACAUGGUGGACGUGCCUCACGACGAUGCUGCCGAUCACCAUAUCCCUCAGCCAGAUGGUGAUUUCAAUGCAAAUGUAUGGCCUCUUGAUGAUGCACAUAAAUUGAUCUUGAAUACCGUUUCGUUCGAUUUUAAACGAAUCCGUUUACUGUAG